AUGGUGGAGUCUGGAGCUGGUGACCCUUUGGGUACUAAGAAUGGAAGGGCCCCCUUUGCUCAGUGCAUCGAUCCGACUUGGGAAAAACUGACUCCUGCGCAACUGCAAUUCAUGCGGCAGGUGCAGGUAGCCCAGUGGCAGAAAACUCUGCCACAGCGGCGGACCCAGAACCUUGUGACCAACCUGGGCAUCAGGGCCCUGGUAUUAGCUAUUUAUGGUUACACUUUCUACUCUGUGUCCCAGGAGCGUUUCCUAGAGGAGCUGAAGGACGAGGCCAAAGGUGCCUGA